AUGAAACGUUUAAAUAAUGAAAUUAAUUGUAUAGAAAUGAAAUUUUGGGGAAAAAUAUUUGGACUUUAUUGUGAUUAUUACAUUAUUCAAGUUCAACAUGAUAAAGAAAUUCCAUUUGAUGAAAUUAAUAUUAGUAAUCAGUUAGUAAAUCGAAAACAAUUAUUAACAUCUAAAUAUUCAAAUCAUCGAAUAGAAACAAAAUCAAAUCAAGAACAAGAAAUAUUACCAUUCGAAAUUCCAAGUGAACCACAUGGAAUUGGUACUAAUCAAUAUACUUAUUUUGUAACGAAUUCACCUGGACUUUCAUGGAUAAAAUUACCUGAUAUUAAACCAAUUAUGAUUAAUCAUGCAAGAAAAAUUCGAUAUUUAUUUACUGGUUGUCUUUCAUCAAAAAUUAAUCGAUUUCCACCAUAUCCUGGUUUAGAAAGAGAUUAUCUACGAGCACAAAUUGCACGUAUUACAGCAACAACACAUAUAUCACCAGCUGGAUAUUACAUUCUAACAGAUAAUAGAGCAGAAGAAGAAGAAGAAGAAGUAGAAGAGAUGAGCUUUAAUAAUGAACGAAAAGAUCCAAAUAUUAUAUUCAAUCCUGAAUAUAAUAAUGAUCCAACAAAUUUAAUUACAGUUGAAUUAUUAGCUGAUACAAAUUUACAAGAAUGGGUACAUACUCUACCAGAAAUAUUAUCACAAGGACGUACUCAUUUUUGGCGUCCACCUUCUACAAGAACAACAAAUUUAAGUAAAGGAGAAGAAGAAGGAUACGAAGAAGAAGACAACGAAACAUUAGAUAGAAAUAGCGUUGAAAUACCUGCACCACUUUUACAACCUAUUGGUGAUGAUAAAUUAUUAUAUACUAAUCAAAGACCAUGGUCAAUUGGUUUAACCAUGUCUAUAAUGCAUGAAUAUAGUUUAUGUUAUGUAAGAUCAAAUGUUUGGCCAGGUGCUUUUACUCUUGGUCAUGCUCGAAAUUAUUUUAAUUUAUAUAUUGGUUGGGGACAAAAAUAUGAACAAUUUAAUCCAUCUCAACCUCCUUUACCUGAAAUUGAAUUGAAAAAACAAUUUAUAGAACAAAAUGAUCCAACUGUAGAACUUGAAAAAGCAAUGGAAGAAGCUCAACGUGAAGCUGCUUCAGAUUUGACGUCUGUAGAAUAUACUAGUGAAGAAGAAGAUAAUGAAGAAAUAUUUACUGAUGAAGAAUAUUAG